CUCUGUGUUUUGAUACCAUUAGUCCUUGAUAUACAUGAAUUCAUAGGAAUGCUUAUUUUCCAGAUACAUCUUUAUCUGUUGAUUCAGUCAAACUACUACAAUUAUUAAUGAAAUGGAAUUCUGCUCCUCUCCUCUUAUUUUCUUUCCAGUAUAACUUAAAUCCUUUGUGUAGUAAUACCUGGUAAAAAGGUACACAGCUCCUUCACAGAAACAAAAAGAGAGCAAAGCAGAACCUGGUAUUUCUUGUUAGUUGAUUAGUGUCGCAAUAUAAAGUCAGUCAGCAGUUCAGGGUUUUCACUGGGAACCAAGAAGAAAAAUAACAUGGUAUAUUUUAAAGCAUCAACAAUGUGACCACGUUCAAAGAUACUGCAAAUCUUUAUCUUGACCCCAAUCAGCCUACUCUUGGCUUUCUGAUUCACCUGCAAAUAUCUCGGAUGGCUAUAUACAAAAUGUAAUGUUGUGCUAUUCAGGCUGAGGCACUUACGUUUCACUUUUAAUAGCAUUCUGGGUUGUUAACAAGAACACACUGCAACAUUCACAAUAAUCAGCAUGGCCUUUGCACACUGUGAAUAGGAAUUCUUCUUAACCAAGAUCUUUUCCUAUUUUUAAAGAGAAUGUAUUAAGGGAUUUGUUUUAGUUUCUUCGUGAAUAGAAUUAUUUGCACGAGUUUCAGCUCUCUCUGUUUAAUGAUUCCCAACCCCUCCUCUAGCUCAAAGCCUUUGAAACAGAGAUCUUUCACCAUGCAGUUCUUGCUGAAAUGUCAACAUGAUAUUGGGACACUGGCAUUUCAGUGUCAUCAUGGUUUCCAACCACUACUUGGUUUUGCUUCUCUGCUUUUUGCUGCUGCUUCCUCCUUCGCCAGCUGCAGUCUUCUUAAUGCAGGAGCAGGCAAACAGCGUGCUGAAAAGACAAAGAAGAGCGAAUAGCCUCUUUGAAGAGUUAAAACUUGGGUCGCUACAACGGGAGUGCUUUGAGGAAACGUGUUCAUAUGAGGAAGCCAGAGAAAUCUUUCAAGAUGAUAAAAGGACAAUGGAAUUCUGGAAGAAUUAUGUUGAUGCCAACCAGUGUGACUCUGAUCCCUGUCAGAAUGGUGGGACAUGUGUUGACCAAUUUCAGGCUUAUGUUUGCCUUUGCCCUGAGGAGUAUAAGGGCAAAAACUGUGAAAAAGGUCUGAAUGACACACUGAAGUGCAUUCAUGAAAAUGGUCACUGUGAACAUUAUUGCAUUGACAGUCCAACCAUGAUACGACAAUGCUUUUGCUCAGAUGGCUACGUGCUAGCAAGUGAUGAAGUGUCCUGUACUCCUCAAGUGGAUUACCCAUGUGGGAAAAUACCCAUUUUGGCAAAGCAAAGUGCAAGUCAGCGGGGGAGAAUUGUAGGUGGUUAUGUCUGUCCUCCAGGCGAGUGUCCGUGGCAGGCUCUGCUAAUAGAGAAUGAGAAACAAAAGUGUGGAGGUUCACUGCUGGCGCCGAGCUGGGUGGUUACUGCCGCUCACUGCUUAGAGAACACACAUCCCAAACAGCUCCAAGUAAAACUGGGUGAACACCGAAUAGAUCAUGAGGAUGAAGGGGAACAAGAAAGGAAGGUUUCUGAAAUCAUAUUGCAUGAAAAAUACAUUCCAGGAACAACUGACCAUGACAUUGCCCUGCUGCACCUGGAGUCACCUGUUAACUUCAGUGAUUAUGUGGUACCGAUAUGUUUGCCUGAGAAACAGUUUGCAACAUCUGAGCUGUCCUCCAUUAGAUUCUCCACAGUGAGUGGAUGGGGGCGUCUAAUAGAAGGAGGUGCUACUGCUGCUGUUCUUAUGAGAAUUGAUCUGCCACGUGUAAAGACACAAGAGUGUAUUCAGGAGACCAACUUAAAUAUUACAAAGAACAUGUUCUGUGCAGGAGACCUCAGUGGGACUAAAGACGCCUGCAACGGGGACAGCGGCGGACCUCAUGCCACAAAGUACAAAAACACCUGGUUUCUGACAGGGAUUGUCAGCUGGGGGAAGGGUUGUGCUACUGAAGGCACUUACGGGGUUUACACAAGGGUGUCUACAUAUAUCGAAUGGUUAAACAAUCACAUGGAUUCAUAAGCUGCCAGGCUUCCUCUAGUCAGAAUGUUUCCAAACUGCAGAGUUAUCUGAGUCCCACCUGGGACACUUCCUUGUUUGGCAUUCUUUCAGGAUCUUAAAUAAAUUACGCACACACUGAAAUAAUGAUUUGAAACCAAUCUCUUUUCCGUUCAGUCACA